CCCGAGCGGCGGGGCCUAAGCCGUGCUAAAUUCGUUGCCCGUGGCCGCUGCGGGUGCAGCCCCAGAGGUUAAUCCGAAGGAGUGGGGAGGCUCGUGGAGUUCAUGCUUCCUCUUCCGACUCAGGUCGGCUCCCGCUACCUCGUCACCGUUCGCCGCUGCCGUCUCCCCGGGCGUUUGCAUGAGCUUUUUCGCGUGGGGGAGCGCCGGUGACCAUGUAGGGGGACGAGUGAGGAAGCUCCGGGUGCCCGGGACGAGGUCAGCGCUGUCGUCACGCCGCCGCGGCGCCCAGCUCUCCCCCGGUGCGGGCGGCCCCGGUGGGAACCCCGGCCUCCGCCUGGGGCCUGGCCCGGAGCGCCACGAAAUCUCGCGCCGUCUCGCGAGACGCGAAGUUGAAAACAUGGCGACGUCUAAUCUGUUAAAGAAUAAAGGUUCACUUCAAUUUGAAGACAAAUGGGAUUUCAUGCGUCCAAUUGUUUUGAAGCUUUUACGCCAGGAAUCUGUUACAAAACAGCAGUGGUUUGAUCUGUUUUCGGAUGUGCAUGCAGUCUGUCUCUGGGAUGAUAAAGGACCAGCAAAAAUUCAUCAAGCUUUAAAAGAAGAUAUUCUUGAGUUUAUCAAGCAAGCACAGGCACGAGUACUGAGCCAUCAAGAUGAUACAGCUUUGCUAAAGGCGUACAUUGUUGAAUGGCGAAAAUUCUUUACACAGUGUGAUAUUUUACCGAAACCUUUUUGUCAACUGGAGAUUACUUUAAUGGGUAAACAGGGCAGCAAUAAAAAGUCAACUGUAGAAGACAGUAUUGUUCGCAAACUCAUGCUUGAUACAUGGAAUGAGUCAAUCUUUUCAAAUAUAAAAAACAGACUCCAGGAUAGUGCAAUGAAGCUGGUACAUGCUGAACGAUUAGGAGAAGCCUUUGAUUCUCAGCUGGUCAUUGGAGUAAGAGAAUCCUAUGUUAACCUUUGUUCUAACCCCGAGGAUAAGCUUCAAAUUUAUAGGGAUAAUUUUGAGAAGGCAUACUUGGAUUCAACAGAGAGAUUUUAUAGAACACAGGCACCCUCGUAUUUACAGCAAAAUGGUGUACAGAAUUAUAUGAAAUAUGCAGAUGCGAAAUUAAAAGAAGAAGAAAAACGGGCACUACGUUAUUUAGAAACAAGGCGGGAGUGUAACUCUGUUGAAGCACUCAUGGAAUGCUGUGUCAAUGCCCUGGUGACAUCUUUUAAAGAGACCAUCUUAGCCGAGUGCCAAGGCAUGAUCAAGCGAAAUGAAACUGAAAAAUUACAUUUAAUGUUUUCACUGAUGGACAAGGUCCCCAGCGGGAUCGAGCCGAUGCUGAAGGACUUGGAGGAGCACAUCAUCAGCGCGGGCCUGGCAGACAUGGUGGCAGCUGCUGAGACUAUCACCACUGACUCUGAGAAAUACGUUGAGCAGUUACUUACAUUAUUUAAUAGAUUUAGUAAACUCGUCAAAGAAGCUUUUCAAGAUGAUCCACGAUUUCUUACUGCAAGGGAUAAGGCAUAUAAAGCAGUUGUUAAUGAUGCUACCAUAUUUAAACUUGAAUUACCUUUGAAGCAGAAAGGGGUGGGAUUAAAAACUCAGCCUGAAUCAAAAUGCCCUGAGCUGCUUGCCAAUUACUGUGACAUGUUGUUAAGAAAAACACCAUUAAGCAAAAAACUAACCUCUGAAGAGAUUGAAGCAAAGCUUAAAGAAGUGCUGUUGGUACUUAAGUACGUACAAAAUAAAGACGUUUUUAUGAGAUAUCACAAAGCUCAUUUGACGCGACGUCUUAUAUUAGACAUCUCUGCUGAUAGUGAAAUUGAAGAGAAUAUGGUAGAGUGGCUAAGAGAAGUUGGUAUGCCCGCAGAUUAUGUAAACAAGCUGGCUAGAAUGUUUCAGGACAUAAAAGUAUCUGAAGAUUUGAACCAAGCUUUUAAGGAAAUGCACAAAAAUAAUAAAUUGGCUUUACCAGCGGAUUCAGUUAAUAUAAAAAUUCUGAAUGCUGGUGCGUGGUCAAGAAGCUCUGAGAAAGUCUUUGUCUCCCUUCCUACUGAACUGGAGGACUUGAUACCUGAAGUAGAAGAAUUCUACAAAAAAAAUCAUAGUGGUAGAAAAUUACAUUGGCAUCAUCUCAUGUCAAAUGGAAUUAUAACAUUUAAGAAUGAAGUAGGGCAAUACGAUUUGGAGGUAACAACCUUUCAGCUGGCUGUGUUGUUUGCGUGGAACCAAAGACCCAGAGAGAAAAUCAGCUUUGAAAAUCUAAAGCUUGCAACUGAACUCCCUGACGCUGAACUUAGAAGGACUUUAUGGUCUCUAGUAGCUUUCCCAAAGCUCAAGCGGCAAGUUUUAUUGUAUGAACCUCAAGUCAACUCACCCAAAGACUUUACGGAAGGCACCCUCUUCUCAGUGAACCAGGAGUUCAGUUUAAUAAAAAAUGCGAAAGUUCAGAAAAGAGGUAAAAUCAACUUGAUUGGACGCUUGCAGCUCACGACAGAAAGGAUGCGAGAAGAAGAGAAUGAAGGAAUAGUUCAGCUACGGAUACUAAGAACCCAGGAAGCUAUCAUACAAAUAAUGAAGAUGAGAAAGAAAAUUAGCAAUGCCCAGCUGCAGACUGAACUAGUAGAAAUUUUGAAAAACAUGUUUUUGCCACAAAAGAAAAUGAUAAAAGAGCAAAUAGAAUGGCUAAUAGAGCACAAAUACAUCAGAAGAGAUGAAUCCGAUAUCAACACUUUCAUAUAUAUGGCAUAAUUUUGAGUAUCAUGGACAACACUAAGACCCCGAAUUGUAGAGUGCUUGGGCAGAAGGUUGUAACAGUUUGCGCUGGAGGAAGGUUUAUUUGGACUUGGAUUACAUAACUAUUAAAAUCUCUGCCUUACCUGACAAAACAACUCGAUUUUGCCAGUCACGUUAGUUAGCAUGGCGGCGCCCCUUCGUGCCGCACACCCGGUAACAGCAUGCUGUUUUGUGGAGAAGCUUGCGUUCAUGAAGAGCCCGUUACGAACUCCUCACAGUAGAUUUGAUUUAUACCCACCGGAAGAAGUAGUUGGGAAGGGUGAGGGCGGGGUUCUUAAUUGCUUUUUUUCCUCUUUUUUUCCUCUCUGACAAAAAUGUACUUGCACAAGGAAGGAUCUUCACAUACCGUGCACUGAAUAACGCUGUUAUGUUUUGUUUUUUAAAAUGCAAUUAAAACUAGAAAUAGCACUCUUGGUUUCUUUUGAUCAAAAGAGGGAGCUGGUGUACACGACGUGGGGGAGGGGCAGAUGCAGGUGAGAAGAUAAGUAUUUAAUAGCAUCACAUUAUUUGUUCACGCCCUGCUUCAGUAUAAGGACUGGAUUUCGUGGUGUCCUGAAAAUGAUACAAGAUUCUUCCAACUUAGAAAUGUUGGCUUUCUUUUUAAGCAGGAGACUGUUAGUUUAGUUGUUUGUUGUUAAAUAAGGAGUUUUUAAAUCUUCUAUGGCUGGAGAGCUUGUUUUGAAAAAGUGAAGCUUAUAUUAAUUUGUUGCUUGAACUGUGUAAAAAAAAAUGUAUGGAGACAGGUAGAUCAUUUAAGUUGCAGAGAAAAAAAUCGCAGAGCAAACCAACAUAUUAAGUGUGUUCAGGAACACACCUAAUAUUUAUAUUCCUAAUAUUUAUUAUGCCAAAUUUAUUCUUUCCAAAUUUAUGAAAAGGAGGGCAGAAACCUACUGUCCUGGCAUACAGCUACGUGACUGAUCACUUGAUCUGCAGCACAGAAAUGUUGUGGAAUUUUAAACUCUGAUGAUAAGGGAUUUACAGCCUCAGGUUUCUGGAAAGGAAGACGUUCUGUUUUAAAGAGGAGUGAGUGUCCUUUACCCAGGAGGAAGAGAAAAACCACAACCUAAGGCCUGAAAAGCAUGAGCAAAAUUGUUGCGGUCUUAAUAUAAGCAGUAAACUUGCCAAAUAUAUGUACAUAUAUAUUUAUAUAUUUUAAAAAUAAACGUUUUUAAAAUGUUC